AUGACGAGAGAAAGAACAGGAGUAACAGCAGAAGAAGCAGUAGUACAAUCAGUAUCGCCAGGAUUAAAUUCUACGACAAGUGGAACGCAGAACACAACAAAACCUAGAUUUGUUCCAAGAACAUUUACAAAUACAUUGGAGUUGUAUUUGGAAUUGAAAGAGGAAUGUGAAGCUUUAGAACUAGAUUGCAGUUUUACAAAGGAUUGUCCGAAUUCUAAAGAAGUUUGCGAAGAAAUAAACACCUUAUGUAGACUGGAACCAUUAGAAGUUACGCCUUAUCAUACAGAGACAAUAAUAAAAGAAACAACGACAGCUACGAUGACGACAACGAAAACGACGUCAGCUACGACGACCAAGUCGGUAGCUGGAGGAAAAAUAACAGAACCGUGUACAUUAAUGCAGACGACGGAUAUAUGGGUGACGAGUACGUCAUUGUAUAUGAGCAUUAUGACAAGUAUACCUACACUGACGUCUACAGUGAUAUUCACAUCAACGAGAAAAUGCAAGCCUACAAAAUGUACCACCGAUUCAAGCAAAGAAACACAAAAAGGAGAAGAAAGAAGAGAAGAAGAAGUGAAACUGAAUGAGGGGAUAAAAAUAAGAGUCCCUGAUAUGAUUAAAAUAAUGUUGUUGGGAGUGAUUGUUAUGGGGAUGAUGUAA